CGGCGCAAGGAAGGCACUGGUAUCACUGCCGAGUGCCGUGAAAAAUGCAGAUUUUCGUUCGGACCGACCGGACUCACCUCCUGGAGGUGAGCCCGGCGCAGACUGUCGCCGAUGUGAAGGCCGCUGUGGAGGCCCUGCAGGGCCUGGAGACCGCUGAGCAGCGUAUUCUGUUCAACGGUAUCCAGCUGGAGGAUGCCCAGGUGCUGGCUGAGGCUGGUGUCAGCGAUGACAGCACUCUCAUGUGCAUGCUGCGCCUGGUUGGUGGUGCCAAGAAGCGCAAGAAGAAGACCUACACCAAGCCGAAGAAGCUGAAGCACAAGCACAAGAAGAUCAAGCUCCGGGUGCUGAAGUUCUACAAGGUGGACGACUCGGGCAAGGUGCAGCGCCUGCGCAAGCAGUGCCCCAACUGCGGCCCGGGUACCUUCAUGGCCACCCACUUCGACCGUGUGUACUGCGGCAAGUGCAGCAACACCUUCGUCUACGAGGGUGGCGCCCCGACUGGUGCCCCCAAGCCUAAGGCCGCUGCCGCCCCCGCGGCCGCUGUUGAGGCCCCCGCUGCCGCCAAGGGUGGCAAGAAGGGCAAGAAGUAGAUGGCUCGGCCACCCGCUUCGGAGCUCGUCGCACGGUUGGAUGCCUAGGCUGCUGCCCCGCUGCCUAGCUUGCAUCGUGUAACGCUUGAGCUUGG